AUGGCAGCCAAGUUCGUCGUAGCCUUGACGUGUUUCGCCCUUUGCCAUUCCAGCCCUGUCUACUUAAAUGGUUAUUUGUAUCGCGAUGGACGCGGCUACUCGAUCGGACGAGGCUACACUAACUAUGGUGGCCGUGCAACAGGUUCGGCAACAAUCAACGGUGACGUCAUUCAAGCCUAUGGGAGCGCAUCGAGUAAUGACCAAUUACCUUUAAACAGAAACUACGGCUUCGGUGAAAUAUUCCCUGGACAGGCGAUCGCUCAAGCUGAAAUUUACGAUGCACCUCAAAAUCCUUACGGAUCAGCUAAAGCCGAAGCUGAAGCACAAAACGCGCCUACGUUUUAUGCCGUUCCUGCUCCUGCAACUUUAGUAUCUUAUGAACAGAACUUUGAAGUUCCAACUGAAAUAAGAUACUCGAUUCCCGUUAACGGUGGUCUGUCUGCCGAAUCUUCUGCUGUAAUUAAUGGCAACUUAGAGUCGUCUAUCACAUCAGCUAAAAGUGAUGGAACUGGUUCUGUUGAAUCUUCAGCUAAAUCCCAUGGCGUAGGCAACUACAUAGUUUCAUCAAAUGCUAAAUCUACUGAUGGAUCUGGAUCUGCUUACUCUGAUGCCAACAAUGUUCACGGAUUAAGCAACAUUGUAACAAAAACAAACGGAUUUGGUUCAGCAUCAUCAAAAUCUCAAAAUGAACUUGGAUUGACAUCCGCUGAAUCUCAAUCAAACGGUGGUUCUGCUUCAUCGAUGGCCAAAAACGCUAUUGACUCUAUAAUUGCCUCUGCCAAUACUCAGGGUUUCGGUUCUGCGUCCUCUAAUGUCAACGCUAACAACUUCCAAGGUGAUGCUGUAAUCGCUGCAAAGUCACCUGUCACCAAAGGAAUCCACUGGCGAUUCGGCACUGCAUACGGUACUCCUUCUAACAUCUACGGCCAAGCUCAAACUACAAGCCAAUCCAAUGGAGGUUCAGCUAAAUCAACUGCCCAAAAAAACGCUUUUGGAACAAUCCAAUCUAGCGCUGACACCCAAGGUUACGGCUCUGCUAACUCCAACGCUAACCUGAACGGUAUCGGUUACGUCAAGUCUGCUGCCAACAAUGCCAAUGGCUUUGGUUCUGCAAAAUCAUCCGCCAACUCUGGAUAUGGAACAGUGAACACCAUCGCUAACUCUAACGGUUUUGGAAAUGCUAAAUCAUCAGCCAACAUUCAAGGACCAGGCUUCGGCAAUGCUGACGCUCGUUCUGACAUCAACAACGUGGGCUAUGAAACAAUGACAUCAUCCGCUCAAUCAAACGGAUUUGGAUCAGCAAGUUCAUCAGCUAACAAUGGAUUAGGCUAUGGUGCUCUGAAAUACAGUGGAUUCUACGGUGGAUCUCAGACCAAUGCCCAAACAAAUGGACAAGGCACAGCGUCCUCUUCCAUCCGGUCUCAAGGAGUGAACGCCGACUACAGAGUAGUAAACACAUCUGCCAACAGCUUCGGCUACGGCUCCGCUCAAGCAAAUGCCAGGGCUUAAGCAAUGCUGAGAGCUAAAGCAAAUGACACCAAGACGACUUCAAUCUCCAACAACUCAAAAACUUGUCUUGAUGUAUUUGCACAUAAUUAUUUUUAAGUUAUUUAUUUUAUUUAUUGUCAUUUAAACAUUAUAAAAUUG